CCCACAUAAUUCGUCCUUCUAUUUUAUUGUGAAUAGCUGCAGCACUUUUUCAGGUUUCUCAUGUCAUUCUUGUAGCCACGCUGCUCUUCGCAGAACAUCCAAUUUUACAUAGUAGCUUACAAUUAGCGGGUUGAUCGGAAGUCGCUUGUUGUUUGCAGUGUCUUUCACGUCACUGAGUGUCAUCAUGUCCGCUCCCAAUUCCCAAGCCCCCCGUAAGAAGGUUGUGCACCAGCUUGACACUCCUUUCUCUACUGUCCCAUGGCCCUCAAUCUUGACAGAAGAUCAAGACACCAUCCUCGAAUUGCUGUGCGACCUCCUGAGCCCCAUUGGGCAGUAUCGACAGACACAAAUCAAGAGAUCCAAGGGGAAGCGUUCAUCGCAAAAGGAGGAAGGGGCCAAGAAGACAGCCCAGGCUUCAGAACAACUUCCAGUGCCCCCAAUGCCCGAGAUAAAAGCCAGUAUCGAUGUCGGCCUUAACUCUAUUACUAGAAACCUGCAGUUGUAUUCGCGACAAGAAACUGAAUCAAUGGGAGACGAACCCUACCGACAAUAUUCCAUGGUCUUUGUAGCGCGGGGCGAUCAAGCCUCAACAUUCAACUGCCAUUUCCCACAGAUGAUUGGGGCGGCAUCUAGGAAGACCAGUUCCGAAAGGAAAACCCGCCUGGUAGGCUUAUCUAAACCAUGCUCUGAACGCUUGAGUUCUUGUCUUGGAGUGCCAAGGGUCUCGUCCGUCGCUAUUCGUAUGGAUGCCCCAGGAGCUGGAGCUCUGCAGGAGUUUGUUAUGAAGAAAGUCGAGCCAAUAGAAGCCUCGUGGCUUGAUGUGUCUUCGGAUGCACAAUAUCUUGCCCCAAAGAUUAAUGCUACAGAAACAACGGUGGGACCCAAGCGAGCGCGAGUUGAAUGAGGUGUAGGCAGAUAACCUAAGCAGGGGGUUAUGCAUGUAUCCUACAGAAAUCCGAAUUAUCUCAUUAGCCUUCAUAUCAGCUGUUUGUUGAACGGUAUUGGUAGCUGCAUAUUACUUAGUAGUGGAUAGUUUCAAACGUCAAAACCUUUCAUGGGUGCUUAAAUGAAGUACAGGAAGGAGACAUCCUUUGCGCAUA